AUGUUUCAGAAACCGUUUGCGAUAAAAAGUGAUAAGAGUAUCCGGAAUUCGGAUAAGAAAAAGCUAUUGGCCCGUUUACCUUCCAUUGAUGGCAUCACCAACAAAACGAUGUCUUCUUUAAUGCAUGUGAAAUGCAACAAAGGAGAAGAUGUGAAUGUUUAUACUUUCGAGAAAGAACCUUUGUUGUUUACUAUAGUGGGAGAAAAAGUACUCUAUCCUACAGUUUAUCUGACGUGGAGAAUACCGGAAGCGUUCCCUGUACUUGUCAUCAAUGAGUAUGUAUAUCAAAAACUGUUGGGAGGAGCUGAUUUAUUCCUUCAAGGUGUAAUUAAUCCAUUACGGCAAACUUUGGAGUUUGAUAGUCAUGCAGCAAUAACGAUAUCUGUCUUAUCGUCAUCAAAUCAGCUUCGAGGUCCUGUAGCCGUAGGGUAUUCAUUAAUGUCAUCGAUGCAAAUGAUAGCGAAUGGUAUGCAGGGACCAGGUGUUCGUUUGUUGCACUUUUACGGCGAUCUGCUUUGGGAUGUGGGAACGCGUGCAAAGCCCUUGGAAGUCUCAGCUGAAAGGAUGGGUUUAGCAAAUGCAUCAUCCCGAAGUUAUGAAACUGAAUUUCCAGCCUUGGAUUCCUUAGUUUUGAACGAAAAUACUGCCGAAGUGCGUAAUGAAGCAAUUAAAAAUUCAUCGUUUGAUGCUGUUUUGGAUGAUAGGCGAGAAUGUGCUGAAUUAACCAUUGCUUCAGAAGAGCAGGCUGAAAAAGAACAGAAGGAUUCUGACACAGUGGAAAGUUUGCUAAAACGUUGUUUUUUGGCUGCACUGAAGUAUCGUGUAACUAAAAAAGGCCAACUACCAUUGGAUGUUGGAGAAUUUUAUUCACAUUUCCUUCUACCAUGUAUACCAUCGGGUAGACGGAUUGAUAUGAAAAAAACAGUGUACAAGAAAUUCAGUGUUUUUCUGGAAGAUAUUAAUAAAAGUGGAAGUGAACCCAUCGUAAAACUCAUAGUAAAUAAAAAUAAGGGGUCAACAAUGAUUGCAGAGAUAAAUUGGAUGCAUCCAUUCUUGAAGGAUUUUGAGAUAACCGAUGAGAUAAUUGAUAAUCAAAAAAUUGAAAAGAGACUGAUCAAAGUGGAUGAUUACCUCGCAGUUACCAAACCAGUUUCAGCAAUUUUUCGGAAUGAAUAUGGAAAAGAUAAGUUGAUGGAUAAGAAACAAGUAAGGGAGAUAAUUACUGCAUACGUUAAAAGCAUGAAUCCAACUAUGAAGGGUAACCUAAUCUUACCGAGUGAUAACGUAUUGGUGUCAUUGUUGGAAUCUCGUGAGCCAGUGGACUGGAAUACGUUGUUCCAAAAGAUUGUUUCGAAAAUGACGAAAACCUACGUAAUUACCUGGGCUGACGGACGACAACUGAUACGGAAGUCAACGCUUCCAAAAAUAAUAUUUAAGAUUGAAAAUCGCGCUGGUAAUAAGAAAGUAACGUUGGUGAAUAAUCUAAGCAUUUAUGGAAUCGAUCCUAAAAAAUUUUGCCAUGAAAUACAGACAGGUGUGGCGACAAGUGCUGUUGUUGUAAAUAAUGCUGCAGAAUGCGAAGGUUUCCAAAUUUUUGUGCAAGGAAAUCAAAUUCUUUUCAUCAGCAAUCUUCUUUCCACAUACGGUAUUGAAAAGAAGCAUAUGGUAGGCCUCGAACUCAUUCCGAAACAGUGA